UCCCACACUGCUCCAUGAUGGGCAGCCUACACUUCCCAGCGUUCCUCAGAGUUGCUCUGGUCCGUUUGUUUUGCUGCUCAGACGCGGCUAGUUCAACUUGCCACAGCGCGGAGAAGCUGAGGGUUGUUCUUCUGAUGGCUGUCUUCCGCAUAGCGUGAAUUCAACCUCUUCUCUUUAAUUAGCAUCUAACGGUCGCUUGUAUUCCAUGUGAUUCUGCUUUGUAGUUUUUGUUUUGUAGUCUUAUCGCAAGGUUAAAUUCAUUGGCUAACGUUUAGUUAGCUAGCUGGCUAACGUUUACAGGAGUUUCCACUUGUUGCUAGCCAGGAGGAGCAUCGCCCACAACAAUGCCAGGAUACCCUUGGUUCUCGUGGUUUCCUUGACAGAUAUCUGUUUCCUUAUGUGUGGUCAAAACAAUGGUGACACGGCUCCCAUGUGUUGUGACAGAGUUAUCAAUUGUAAAAAAGAAAAGAAAAAAGUUCAUAGGCAUCCCAUUUUCGUUCUUAAUCUGAUUAACGGUGCACUUAACAGCGUUUUCCGCUGAUGAAAGUAGUGCUGCGCCAUACUUUGCGAAGUCAGCCGUUUACGGUGUCCGCUCCUCGUCUCAAAGUAUGGAUAUAUCCAGCGACUCUGACUCAUACGACAGGACCCCGGACCACCGGUCACGGCGGCGCGAAGCCCACCGCAGACCUGGCCGGGACAGGGCGAGAGGCAACGGGAGAGAAAUCGACGGGCGAACCGUAGACAUCUCCGAGAAAAUCAGCACUCUUGCAAACACCUUACAGGACACCAGCAGGAACUUGACCAAAGUAGACAAGAUGCUGGGUCAGUACAGGGAGCACACAGACGACCAGGCUGAAGCCAUGGCACUGCUUAGGGAGAACCUAGAGGAGUCAAUCAGCCAGCUGCAGACACAGAGGCGAUCCAACGGGGUUCGGAGCUCCUCAGCCUCCACCCUGCAUACCAGCGACCUGGAAGCUUCCUCAGGAUCAGAAGGCCAGCGUUUCUACCCCACUUCUCCACUUAAGGAUUACACGAGCCCUCCAGGAAGGAGGAGGAGGUCUCAAUCUGCCAAUGUUCGCUUCAAGGAAACAAGCCUGGAAGGAGACAGUAUUCAUACCCUGCACCAGUCCAUGAGGGAUCUGCGUUGUGACCAGCAGAGACUGUCUGAUGACCUGGAUAGAGAAAUCCUCCGGAGGAACCGGGCUGAUAUUGACACCAGGCGGGCGAUGGAAAGCCUCACAGAGCACAUGACAGCUUCCCUGAGACAGGACUCAGUGUCGUCUCGUGUGGAGCGGCGUCUGCAGGAGCUGGAGAGAGAGAUGCACGGCGAACAGAGGAGCACGGGCGGAGAGAGGAGGCCGGAGCAGCGGGCGGCCGCGUCUGACGAGCCGCAGGAGACUUUAGGGAGAUGCCAAAUUGGAGCCAGUGAAAGAGCGGAGAAGAUGGCAGCCAGGCUGCUCAAAGCAGACAGGGAGAAAUCCAAGAUGGGGCAGGAACUAGAGAGAGCCAGAAGACUGCUGGAACAGUCAGAAGAUAGCAGAGAGUCCCUCGUUCAACAGGUGGAGGACAUGCGCUGCGAGCUGCAAAGGACAAGGGAGGAGAAGACGGGGCAUGAGAGGGCACGGCUGGAGACUUCUCGGCCCAGUGCUCAGCCACAUGGCAGCUAUGCUGACAAGGAUGGUGGAAGAGGUGGGCUGCAAGGGCCAGAUCGCUCAGACCUGGAAAAGGAAGUGGCAGAACUGCGUGUUCAGCUGUGCAAAGCCUCAGUCCGUGGUGAAGUCGAAGAACUGAAGAGGGCUCUGGACUGUAAAGAGAGGGAGAGGGUCCAGCUCAGCUUACAGUUGAAGGAAUUAUCGUCAGACCUGGCGGUGCGAGAACAACAGCAGCAGCGAAUGCUGGAACAGCUGAGGGACAUACAGAGCCGAGGGCAAGCAGAGAGGAGAGAGACGGAGGCAUUACUCCUCGAGAGCACAAGGAGCAGAGAUGAAUUGAAGACCAGAGCCCAAGAGGCUGUGCGCCAGUGGAGGGCAAAGUGCAGGAGACUGCAGAAGGAGCUGGAGGAGGCGAGGGCUCGGGCUCAACUUCAUACUGACAAGGCCUCACAGGCAGCCAGGGAAAAGGAAAACUCUCAAGCCCAGCUGAAGGCGCUGAGCCAGCAGACUGAAGCAGCCCGCAGGGAGCUCGCUGAAAUCCUAGGCCGCUUGGCCCAACGUGAAGAGGAGCUCCACCGCAAGGACGUGGAGCUGUCGGAGACACACCAGCGCCAGUUGUCACUGCAGCAGGAAAUCCGGGAGGUGAGGGAGGCCUCAGCCACCCUCGAGGAUGAGACUCGGCGUCAGGCCGCCGUCCGAGCAAGACUGAAAGAAGAGAACCAGAGGCUGCAAGAACAAGCUGACACCCAAGCUCGCCGUUUUCAGAGGGACCAGGACGCACAUGCUGAGCUCCAGGCUGCCCUGAAGCAGAUGACUGCAGCCCACGCCCAGCUCGCCCAGCGGUUGUCUGAAGAGGAGAACUGCAGGAAGGAGCUCCAAAAGAGCACAUCAGAGCUUCAGGCCAAGCUGACAGCGCUACAGGAAGAACGGACUGUGCUCAGCAAGCAGCUGCAGCUCGAGAGAGAGGUGCAUCAGAAGGAGCUAGACGGCUUGAAGGCCACAAUGGAGGACAGCAAUGCAAAGAAGGCUCGUGAAGUGCAGGACAUGCUACAGGUCUGCUGUCAGGAGCGAGACGAAACACAGGCACAAAUGAGAGAGCUGAAGGCAGAUGCAGCGUCAGACAAAGAGCUGUGUGGGGCGCUGCGCAUCAAGUUGGACAGGAUGAAGGAUGAAUGUGAUAAGCUGGCAGCACAGCUGAGCACAAAAGAGGAGGCGCAUGCACUUCUCCACAGAAAAUACCAGCUACUCAAACAGGAAGUGGAAGACAAAGUCAGGUCAGCCGAGCGGAGACGUGUUUCGGAGUCGGAACUUGUUAAGUUGGAGCAGAAGGUGUUGGAAAUGGAAUCGGAGCAAGAGGCAGUCCUUACAUCUUUGGGCGAGGAACUAGACGCAGCCUGUCGCAGCCUGGCUAGGAACGGCGAAGACAAGCUCCAGGCAAUUUCUCAGAGACCUGAACUGGUGAAGGACUCGCACCGCUGGCUGGCUGAGACUAAGACCAAGCUGCGCUGGCUGUGUGAGGAGGUGCGUGAGCGCGACACUAGAGAACAGCGCCUGAGGAGGCAACAUCAGCAGACCAAGGAUCAGUUGAAGGCCCUCAGGCAAAGCCGCGACUCAGAGCAGAGAGCUCUCCUGCAGCGCCUGGACCAACAGGAGAAGCUGAUGCACUCUCUCAGCACUGAAAGAAAGUACACAAAGUCUCUGCUGCUGGUUGCCAGGCUACCAGACUAUCAGACUCCUGGAAGUUCCCAACAUGUAACUCGACCCUGA